UCCCACAGCUCCCAGUUCUGGUGAGGAACUGGUCCCCGCCUCGGAGGCAGCCUCUUCUUUCCAGGGAUGCGCUGUGAACAUCUGGAAGGGUGGGGGCUGGGCUGAGCCAGCCAGCUUCCCGGGGUGGGGGGGGAAGGCUGUGGCUUAGGGAUGCUGAGAGUGCCUGGGUGGGCAGGAUUGGAUCCCUAGCUUUGCUGCCUCUCUGCCUCCACCCCCACCCACCCACCUCCCUCCCUCUCCCUCUCUCUCCAGCCCUGGCAGAUUGCUGGCCUUGGAUUCGUUUUCGGUGAGCAAGCCCCUCCGCCGAUCCAUCCUGUAGCCAUGGUGGGAUAAGAAGGAACACGCCCCCCGUUCGGAUCAUGGCAGGACGGUCCUGCGCCCGGGACUGGCACCGUCUCAUGGCUCCGCAUGAAGGCAAAGACCCGCCCAAGCGCGCCCCUCGACUCUCGCCACCUGAGACACCCAGCCUUGGUAGCCAAGUUACCUUGAUCCAGGCGGUUCCCACCUAAAAUCGGGAAAACGACAUGAAAAGCCACACGAGCCCGCCGGCCGUCGUCCUUGUGAUCGUCUUCGGCCUUCUGAUGCUGCUCAUCAUUUAUAACUCCAACAGCCGGAACGAGGUCUUCCAUUAUGCCACCUUGCGAGGGAAACCUGACUUGCCAUCCAGUCUCAAAAACUGGGGGGCCAAGAGCGGAUACCUUCCUGUCUCUGGGAACAAGACUUUGGAUCGUCACUGCAGUCAGUGUGUGAUCAUCACAAGUUCCAGCCACCUGCUUGGGAGCAAGUUGGGGCCCACCAUCGACCAAUCCGAAUGCACGAUCCGCAUGAACGAUGCUCCCACCACGGGCUACUCGGUGGACGUCGGGAACAAAACCACGUUCCGGGUCGUGGCCCAUUCGAGCGUCUACCGGGUCCUCAAGAGGCCCCAGGAGUUUGUCAACAAGACGCCGGAGAAUGUUUUGAUUUUCUGGGGGCCGCCUCCCCGGAUGCAGAAAAGUCUGAACAAAGUCAUUCAGCGGGUCUGCGCGUCUUUCCCCAACGUGUCGGCUUUCGUGGCAUCGGCCAAACGCAUGAAGCAGUUUGAUGACCUCUUCAAAAAGGAGACGGGGAAGGACAGAACAACGUCUCGGUCGUGGCUGAGCACCGGCUGGUUCACCAUGGUGAUCGCGGUCGAACUGUGUGACAAGGUCCACGUUUAUGGGAUGGUGCCCCCGAACUAUUGCAUCGCGAAGCCUCCACCCCACAAGCUGCCCUACCAUUACUACGAACCCAAAGGGCCGGACGAGUGCGCCACGUACAUCCACAACGAGCGGAGUCGGAAAGGGAACCAUCACCGGUUCAUCACCGAGAAGCGGGUCUUUGGGAAGUGGGCCCGCCUUUACAACAUUACUUUCUCCCACCCGGAUUGUCUCAGCUAUGACGCACAUCUGGAGCUGCAGGAUUGGUGCCUCCACCUCCGCCAAGUCAUCCGAAGCGUCCGGCAUCUUUAG